UGCAGCGUGGGGCGAGCUCAGGCAUGGGAGAGGGGGGUCUUUGGAUCAGAGACUGUCUUUGGGAGCCGUGUUUGUGCAGUGCUUUGAAGAGGGGAACACUGGGCUAGGAUGAGGGAUAUCAAAAAGCAGCAGUUGCUUCCAGGGAGAUGCAUCUUUUCUACUUCUUCUGUAGAAAAUGCAAGACACGGCUUGCCUCUAAGUGCCCUUUGCACCCGAGAGAAGUGUGAGGCAGCCUGUAUUUCUCUCAGGAGCUGAGAAGUCUGUGAACCCUCCUCUCCCCCUUGCCUUUCUGAACCCCCAGGUUGUCAAGAAGUAAAAGUGAUGGCUGCUGUUGGGGAGACGGUUCGGCUGCAGCCCAAGACAUGGCCGUCAUCCUUGGUGGCAAUCAACUGGAAAGUGAAACUUGGUUCACAGACCUACUGGAUCCUCGGACAUAAUCAGAACAGGACCUCGGCCAGUCCGUUUCUGCCCUUUGCUGACAGAGUCUCUUUCCACCCUGGCAAUCUCUCGCUGCAGAUUAACUUGGUCACGGAGAAAGAAAGUGGCCUCUACACCAUGGACCUGAAGCUGGGGGAUGGCUCUGGAAUCACCAAUAAUUUUCGGCUGUUUGUGCUUGGCCAUGUGCGGCAGCCCAAGAUCAAGGCAUCUACUUCCCAGGAGUGUGGAUGGUGCUACCUUACCCUGUCCUGCUUGGUGCCCAAAGCUGCCUGGGUCACCUACAGCUGGUCUCGAGGCGUAUCUUCCAGCCCAGCCCCAGAGGAUCAUUGGCUCCAACAGCAUCAAGCCGAUCUGCAGCUGGAGAUCAGUAAAAGCAGCAACACCUUCUAUCACUGCAAUGUCAGCAAUGCCAUCAGCUGGGGCAUGGCCACCAUCGAUGUUGAACCGCUGUGCAACUACACAGGAUGGUCUGGAGCAGGCACAGAAGCCCCCACAACAGAGGUGGUCAGGACCCCAGAGGCCGCCCUAACAGAGCUGGUCGGGACCCCAGGGGAGACGGUCACGUUUCCUCUCGAGAUCCCAGCAGGGGAGACAUUAGAUACUGCUGCCUGGACGAUUGGCACAGAGAAUCUAGCAAUGGCGAUAGCAGGAGACCCCCUGAGUGUCGUUGUGUCAGACAGAAGCUAUAGGGGCCGCCUGCGUGUCCCCAAUGACAGCCUCUCACUGCAUAUCACUGACCUGAGGCUGGAGGAUGCGGGGACCUACACAGCUCAAGUCAACACAGAUAAAAGCCAAUUCACCAGGCUUUUCACGCUGCACAUCUAUGAGCGGCUGCCAGAGCCCAUGAUUCACUGCAAUGCCCAGAGCUGUGUGAAUGGGUCCUGUAACAUGACCCUGAGCUGCACCAUCCCCAAUGGAGGCAACAAGGUGACGUACAGCUGGAGCACCCCACAGCCCCUCCGUAUGUUCAGUCAAGGAUCCAUUGUGAUCAUUACUCACCCAGAUCUUCUGAUAAACGUCACGUGCACAGUGCAGAACCCCGCCAGCAGCAGCUCCACGAUGGCCUCUGUCAAGGCCCUUUGUGCAGUUCCAGCAACCAUGCCUGCCCAGGCCUCAUCACUCUCCUACUGCCAGGCCAAGGGGCUCAUCUUGCUGUUGGUGCUGGGGGCGCUGAUCACCGGGACCGUGGCAGUGCACAUCAUGGCUGCCUCCUGGCUGUCCUACUGCCAGACCAAAGGGUUCGUCCUGCUGCUGGUGCUGGCAGUGCUGAUCACCAGUACUGUGGCAGUGCACAUCAUGGCUGGAAAGCAGCCAAAACAGGACUGA